AUGUCCGCUUCUACUUUCACUUCUCUCAAUUCCAGUCCUACUUUUGCGACAACCCUUCCGACCGCCAUGUCGGCAGCGGUACAAACGACCAUUUUGAGCGCAACAUUAGUGGUAAACUUUCUUGGCAACAUCUGUGUCUGCCUGGCUGUUUAUCAUGUGCGAUCUCUCCGUCAAAAACCGAACAGUUCUGUCCUUGUUAGUUUAGCAGUGUCCGACUUCUCUCUGUUAUCAUUUCUCGUGUUUCGUUUGAUAUGGCUGUACGAACAUGAAGCCGCGUGUAAAGUGAGUGAGUACUUUUUGGGGAUGUUAACCAUAUCAUUGUAUGUCAGUAUUACUCACAUCUGUCUCCUCAGCUGCGAUCGCUACGCGGCGAUAUUGUAUCCCUUGAGGUACUCAGCCAUCGUCACCAAAAAGCGCGUCAGCCGUGCGUUGUUUGCAGCUUGGUUUGCCCCGGUGUUAUCUAUUACGGUCUCAAAUUGGACUCAUGGCAAUUCCAGUCGUUCUGACUACUGGAGAAGCAUUAUUGGCUGUUCGCAGAAUUUUGAUAAGCCUUCCUUGGAACAUACCUGUCAUAUUGCGUUCAAUAUUACCUUCUUCGUUGGUAUCCCUUUUGCAGUGAUUUUAUUCGUGUACGGUCGUCUGGCUAAGAUCUCGUGGUCUCAGAACAACAGAGUCGAACCCGGUGAAAACCUGAAUCUCGAAGCAGCUGAAAUGAAGAGAAAAAAGAAAAAAGAAAUGAAGUGGAUGCGAACCAUAGGUAAGAUGCUCGAAGCGCUUUAUAAUCUGCGUAAGUUGUGGCCAGUUGAUCUGAGGGGACUGCGUCUAGAUAACACAUUCAAGCAAAAUUGUUUUUAGCAUAAGAUUCAAGUAUAACAGUUAUUAGUACCACACAUAUAGACCUCGUGCCAAAAGUACACACUGUUUCAGGUUUCCAGUCGAGAAAACACCUCAUUUAAGACGCUUAAUAGUGAACCUACAUUUCUCGUUUAAGACUAAAAACCUUGGAAACCAUGCUCUGCGCUAGGUCCGCUAUGGGAGUGAAACGUGCGUGAGGGAUGGCUUGCAAAAAAAUAACGCUUGUCCAUUUUUUCGACUAAAGUGGCGCGAAAAUGCCCUGAGUCGAGGAGGAAGCGCUGAUGCUAAAGCAACCAUCGGCGAAGAUACACCCCUAAACAAAUGCCUUUCACGUCGCACGUGUCUCUUCACGUGCACCCGCCUUGCCAUUGCCUCAUGAGCCCAAGUUUUGCGUGAUGCCUGUUUCAUGUCUGGGAGGUUGAAGUAUCUAACAACAUAUUAAGUCCGGGCUCAGCUUUGUCACUCACAGGGAGGGGCUCUUUUUCUGCUCACCCAAGAGUUUCCCUCGACUUCGAGGGAUAUGAAAAAUACAAUAACGCCGUUUGAUUUGUUUCAUUUUUUUUCAGCGAUGGUAGUUGGUGCAUUUGCAUUCUGCUAUCUCCCGGGAUUCAUUUGUUUGCUAAUCACAGCAACAAUUGGUCCCAGUCGAGUUCCCAACGCAGUUAUGUCGGCCGUUGUUGUGGUGGUUGUCAUCAACAGCGCUCUGAACCCGAUUAUCUACAUGAUCAGAUCCAACGAAUUUCAACGUGGUUUCAAGAGAAUUUUCCAAUUUCCCUCGCUCACACGCAACACUACUCUCAACACAAUCUCCAUUCACGCUGGUGGGAACCGACGAGAUCUAUCAACGCUUGUGGUACACGAUGACCCGCCAUCUUUCCUAGGUUUUCAAUGGAAUCAUGCAACUUUUACCAAGACUCGAAGACCAGUACUACCGUAG